UUGCAUAAUUUAAUGGUACAUUGUCAUGUAUCAUUCUUCAAUUACUAAUGUUUGAAAACUUUUUUCGCAGGGGUCCAGUGAAGGUUGUGUUUUCUAUGGUAUUCCUGAUGAACAAACUUUCAUGGGAGAACAUUGAUGGUGCGUCCAUUUAGUCGGAGAAAUGUGAUAAUUUCAAGAAAGUGUGUUCUGUCUGUGCGUGUAUAGUUGUUUGAUACAUACGUGUAUUCUAUUAUGGAGCUGUGGAACAAGAAUGAUAUUUCAAUGCCUCCAACUAAUUCAGUGAUAAUGAAGAACAGAGAUAUUGAUAUAACACAUCUCAAAUUUAUCCUUAAUGGUGCAUUGAAGGCAAUGGAACAUGAACAUCUUCUGCAUAGGGAAGCAGCAGUACUUUCACGACUCCUAUUUAAAUUGCAAAGGUCAUUGCGAGGACAAAAAGGGCUAAUGUGUUUAUAUAAGGUGAAUCGAGGGCUAAAACGUUACCUUUCUCUGGAUCUACAAUAUGUGUACAGUAACUUCAGUAAAAUACUUUCUUGUGUUGAGGAUAUUAAUGAUUGUAUUUAUGUUCCUACUAAACAGAUGUUACAGUACUUGUUGGUUCGAACUCAAGGCUUUUGUAAAAUAAUGAACUAUUUGUCUAUUGCAUGUGAAGAUGCAGCUCACUAUUUCAAAGGAAUACUUCAAUUGGGCCACCUUAUAAACAUGUGCCUUUUUAGUCUAAGUCUGAAAAUUAGUGAAGAACUAUCACUAAUAAAAAAUUUUAAAGAUUUAGGAACAUUGGUGAACCGAGAAGAUUUUAUUGCCAGAAAAAAUGAGGGGGCAGGCAGUUUGGGUGAAAGUGUAAAAGUGGGUUUCUUAAAUCAAAAAGGGAAAUUAAGUACAGAUUUGAAUAUUGAAUUAAUGGUAAACAACAACAACAACAACUUUUCUUCAGAAACUGGCAAUAAACCUGUUGAAAAUAGUGUAGAUGAUUUCAGUGAUUUGCUUGUUCAAGAUGUAAAAAUUAAAAGUGUACAUGCAACCAUAAAUGCAUCAAAUUCUAUGUCUCUUCAAAAUGAUUUUGGAGAGCAAAUUUCCCGUGAUCUGUUUCAUGCACAAAAGACCAAGAAGAAAAGCUUUUCAUCCACUGCUAAUGAAGACAAUGGUAUUCCAGAAAAACUAUGUAGGGGUAAUCAAAAACUCUUGAUGGGAACUGUUAGAAAAGAUGGUGGUGAAACUCGUACAUUUAUUAAUGGUGAGAUUUCUGAGAGAAAAAGGAGGACACAGUUUAGGAAAGAAUUGCACACACCCCUAAAAGUAAAAUCCUCCAUGUCCAGUACAAAAUCUGGAGAAAACAUUGCAUUUGCGGCAAGGCAAACAAAUGUAGCGAAUCUUUCCCCAAAGACAUUGUCAGAUGCCUUUUGUUCAUCAGGUACUUCUCAAGUUGUAGGAAAAAAGAUAUUAAUGGUUUCAAAAGAUAUUAAUGAUUUGAAAGUUUUUGAUGUUAAUAGGAAGAAAACAUCAGUGGACACUACAUUCAAGUGUAUGCAAAUGGAAAAUGAGUUCGUACACAGUAUCCAAUCGUCGACCACAUUAAAUGACAAUAAAGAUAUUGGCAGUAAUUUUGAAUUUAAAUCUAAUGCAGAACAUAUUUCAGAUGUUUCUGAAGGCCAGGGGGAGUGUGCUAUUAAUUCAGGAUUCAAAAAGAAAAAAAAAAAUUCAUUAGGAAAUUGGGAGAUAAUACAUGAAAUCAGAACCUUAAAAGAUGCGAAAGCAUUUCUGCUCAGUGAAAAAAAGGCCAGAAAACAAGGAAAAAGUUGUGUUACUUCACAGUUGAAUAAUUCAGAGUGGGUUGUUCUUUUUGAAUCGAUAAACAAACAUUUAAAGAAAAACAAUGUUUCAAAGCUAAAAGGAAAUAGACUAAAACAU